AUGUUUACCGGAUCUGCUUCUCGAGCUGAGGGAGACGCCGAGCAUGGAUGGAAUGGAGGGCGAGGAAGUAGAGAAGCAGAGCGUGAGAGGAAUGUGGCCGGGACGAUUCUGAUCCUUCGGCUGGAAGUCGGAGAGAGGAAGAUGGUGGAAGUUGAAGGGAGUGGAAAAUCGACGAGGGAGAUUGGAAGGGACGAUGGAGGAAUUGGGGAUGGUCGAUAG